CCUCUCCUCUCCCUCUAUUGAGUCCUUGUUUUGAACUAUUGAUCAAACAGAUCUGAAGGGAUUUGUUGAAGCCUGUGUGGGGUAAGGAGGAAGGAAAUGAAGGAGGAGGGAGGGAGGUGGAGAGAGAUGAGGGGGGCACAUCUGGUAUAAAUCGUUUCAGAAGGAAUCUGCUGGUUAGACCUCACUCAUCCUAUUUCACACACCUUUCUUAGACAAAGAUUUGUUUUUCCUUCAGGAAAAGCAGUUACGGACGACUUGCAGGGUUUCCAUUUUGGCAAAAGCUCUAUUGUAGGUUUAUUGCCGCCCAGUCUGGAGAACGCGGAGAGAGCUGAGAAGGUCAAGGUGAUUGAAGGAUGGCGGUGGUGUUCUUGCUGGGGCUCAGCUGGUUCUGUGCCCCCCUGAGUGCUCUGGUUUUGGACUUCAACAACAUCAAGAGCUCUGCCGACGUGCACGGGGCUCAGAAGGGUUCACAGUGCUUGUCUGACAAGGACUGCAGUUCCAGAAAAUUCUGCCUCAAGCCUCAAGAUGAGAGGCCAUUCUGUGCUACAUGUCGCGGGUUACGAAGGAGGUGCCAACGUAAUGCCAUGUGCUGCCCUGGAACACUGUGCAUGAAUGAUGUUUGUACUGCAAUGGAAGAUGGAACCCCAAUAUUGGAAAGACAGAUGGAUGACCAAGAUGAUAUAGAAACAAAAGGAACAACUGAGCAUCCAAUUCAGGAAAACAAACCCAAAAGAAAGCCAAAUAUUAAGAAACCACAAGACGGGAAGGGACAAGAGGGAGAAAGAUGCCUUAGAACUUUGGACUGUGGAGCUGGACUCUGCUGUGCUCGUCAUUUCUGGACUAAAAUUUGUAAGCCAGUUCUAUUGGAGGGACAGGUCUGCUCUAGGAGAGGGCAUAAAGAUACCGCUCAGGCUCCAGAAAUCUUCCAGCGCUGUGACUGUGGUCCUGGACUAAUAUGUCGAAAUCAAGUGACCGGCAACCAACAACACACACGGUUAAGAGUAUGCCAAAAAAUCUAA